AUGUUGUUGCCAUCUUUUCUUCUCGUCGUCUAUGCCCUUUUCAUCGGCAAUGCUGAAUCUGCCCAGAAUCCUGCAACAAAGUCUCCCAAGUCAACAUUCACCUACAACCAGCUCUGGAAUCUUGAGAAGAACUUCUGGGAUGCGUUCCUCUAUCCAGCAAACCAACUCCAGAUCCAGGGAAAUGAAUCCACCAUCUUCGCGUCUGAUGUGAGCUCCAGACCACACGAAUCUUCAUUUUUCAACUUGCACAAAUCUGACCCCAUUCUCGAACAGGUCCAAGGCCGCGUCGACAUCACCCGCACCUUCGAUGGCGACGAGCUGAACCGCGAAUACAUCUUUGGCCUCUUCGCAAACGCAUCAGCCAUCAGCCUCGUUGGCAUCCCAGUCUCCUACAACAUCACCCAAUUCGCCGCAAACGACAACAUCGUCUCCGCGACAACAGUCGUAACAUUCAACGCCACCACAUUCGGCGUCGUGAUCCCUGUAACAAUUGAUACCUGGAUCAAGUUCAACAAAGACGGCAAGAUCGUGCAAUACGAUGCCGUCUUCCGUUGGUUCGAUUACCUAGUGGAUUACUUGCUCGAUGCAACAGCGACCAAGUACAACACGACUUACGAUGGCGCCGUUUCAAUCGUUACCAAGGUUUUGGCUGCUGAUAUUUGCAAGACCCAUGAUACUUAUUGCACGGGUGAUAAUCAGCAGUACCCGGUGAAUGGCACGUCCUGCUAUGAUUUUCUGACUGAGAAGAUUCGAUUCGGGAAGAGUUAUGAACUUGGUCGCAAUACGCUGCUUUGUCGUGAGGUUCAUGACCAUAUGGUGCAGUAUCGGCCUGAUGUUCAUUGUAUGCAUAUCGGGCCUACUGGAGGUGGUUACUGUGUUGAUGAUAGGAGCUAUCAGCAGACUGUGCUUCAGCGAUAUUUCAACGAGUCGUGGAUCCCUUUCGGAUAUGGUCGGAGUCAAGAUAUAUGGCUGAACUAA